AUGUUGGGCAGCCCGUCGAACAACGGCGGCGUCCGAAUGCUGGCGCCGCCGGCCGCCGGCGACGAGCGGCGGGUGGAGUUCGUGGCGCUCACCGCCGUGCACACGGAACGCAGCGAGCCGUCCACCCCCGAGCGCGGCUUGCCGUCGCACCGCACCGGACUUCUGGGUACGCCGCUGCCCGGACCCCCGGGCCCCAGGGCCGGCGCGUCCCAGACAAGCAAGCGCUUCCGAAAGCUGCAGAACUACCUGUACAACAUCCUAGAGCGGCCCAGGGGGUGGGCGUUCAUAUACCACGUCUUCAUUUUUCUGCUGGUUUUCAGCUGCUUGGUGCUGUCUGUCUUCUCCACUAUCCCCGAACACCAAGGCGUUGCCAACCAGGGCCUCUUCAUACUCGAGUUUGUGAUGAUCGUGGUGUUCGGCCUGGAAUACUUCAUCCGAAUCUGGGCGGCGGGCUGCUGUUGCCGAUAUCGCGGCUGGCAGGGACGGCUGCGAUUCGCCCGCAAGCCCUUCUGCGUCAUCGAUUUCAUCGUGUUUGUGGCGUCGCUGGCCGUGAUCGCCGCGGGCACGCAGGGCAACAUCUUCGCAACGUCGGCGCUGCGUAGCAUGCGCUUUCUACAGAUCCUGCGCAUGGUACGCAUGGACCGGCGAGGAGGCACUUGGAAACUGCUGGGAUCGGUGGUCUAUGCUCACAGCAAGGAGCUGAUCACGGCGUGGUACAUCGGCUUCCUGGUGCUCAUUUUUGCCUCGUUCCUGGUCUACCUGGCCGAAAAGGACAACACGGACUUCAGCAACUAUGCAGACUCCCUCUGGUGGGGCAUUAUCACGUUGACCACGAUCGGUUACGGCGACAAAAUCCCUCGGACGUGGCAGGGUCGUCUCUUGGCGGCCGGCUUUGCUCUCCUCGGCGUUUCCUUCUUUGCCCUGCCUGCUGGAAUUCUUGGGUCAGGCUUUGCCUUAAAGGUUCAGGAGCAGCACAGACAGAAGCACUUUGAGAAGAGACGCAUGCCUGCCGCCAACCUAAUUCAGGCGGCGUGGCGUUUGUACUCCACUGACGCCAAACACUCGUACCUGACGGCCACCUGGUAUUUCUACGACAGCAUGCUGCCGUCUUUCAGAGAACUGACGCUACUGUUCAGUCACCUCCAGCGGCAGCGGAACGCCACCAAGAAGGCGGCGCCGCCGCCGCCGCCUUACAGCGCCAACUUCCACCACGCGCCGCUGUCAGGGCUGCGGCCCUACAGCGCCCCCUAUAUGUCGGGGGACAGGAGGCCGGAAGCGCCGCGCAGUCAAGUGCUCGCUAAAAAGCGAGGUCUCUUCCGGAUUCAUGCCGGACGCAAGCAGAGCAGUAAACUCGGUUUCCGGGACAGGAUCCGGAUGAACAACUCGCGCUCGGCCCAGGUGAUCCGGAACAAGGCCUCGCCCCAGGUGCCCGGUCAGGGCGUGAGGCGCUCGCCCAGCCAGGAGAACGUCCCCGAGGCGGCCAGCCCCGGCAAGGUGCAGAAGAGCUGGAGCUUCAAUGACCGCACUCGCUUCCGCACGUCACUCCGGCUCAAAACCAGGCCUCCUGUUGAAGUUGAGGGCCUGGGUGAAGAAAGCGUGGAGGAGAAAGGCUACUGCGACGUGGCCAUGGACGAGGUCAUCCCUGCUGUCAAGACGCUGAUCCGAGCUGUUAGGAUUUUGAAGUUCCUGGUGGCCAAGAGGAAGUUCAAGGAGACGCUGCGUCCGUACGACGUGAAGGACGUCAUCGAGCAAUACUCGGCCGGACACCUCGACAUGCUGGGCCGCAUCAAGAGCCUGCAGAUGCGGGUGGACCAGAUCAUCGGGCGAGGUGCCGUCCAGACCGAUAAGAAGGCGCGACCCGAAAAGGGUGAGAAGACCCCGCCGGAACUGGACUCUCUGGACGAGCUGAGCAUGAUGGGGCGCGUGGUCAAAGUGGAGAAACAGAUUCAGUCCAUCGAGAACAAGCUGGACCUGCUGCUCAACUUUUACUCGCAGUGCCUGAAGAAGGGCUCGUCGUCGCAGCUGGCGCUUUCGUCACUGCUUCUGGAUGCCGAACUAACAUCGGACUACCACAGCCCCACGGACCAAAGAGACCUCUUCCCCUCCGCCAACACGCUCUCACAAUCUGACAGCGCCACCUUGGAGUCAUAG